GUACGCACGCGGGCAUCGCGACCGACACGCCCGUUGGUUCCACACCCUAAUCCACUCAUUUCACUAAUGACAAUCAAACAUACGCAUGCAUAGUUUCAGCAGCUAGCUGCCUUAUUCCAAACGUUUUUGCCGCGCAUGCGGAAUGGACUCGUCCAAAGCAACAGUAGUGGGAAGCUGCCCGCGCAUGCAAUUAGUAUCCUUUUGACACUUUGUUUGAAUUGAUAAUUGAAGCUGUGAAACGGGUCACAUGAAGAUACACUGAUCAAAAAGACGCUGUUGGCCGGCAGAAAUGUCUCCCACUUUCGGCGUUGCGCUCACACUGGCAAUAACGCUCCUGUGUGGUCCCAUAGCAAAUGCCAAACCAAAGAGCGCCCGCGUAUUCCUAGCUAAGGAGCUGCCGCUGACCGUGGUGCUGACGACACCGUCUGAGGUAAUGGUCAACAGUUCUGAGCCCGUCCGCCUCUACAACCGACAAGCGAUACAGGUCGUGUUCUCCCGGCCAGUCAUCGCUCUGGGGUCCGACUUCGGAGACGGCGCAGCAGCCAAGCAGGUCCCCUUCCGGCUGAGCUGUGGCGUGCCGGGCUCGUUCCGCUGGGUGAGCACCACCGCGGGACGCUGGGACCCGGCGCUGGACUGGCCGCCCGACCUCAGCUGCAGCCUGAGGUGGAACACAAGCCUCAGGAGCUAUGACGGCGCCCGCCUGAUGCUGGACGGCACGCCGCCGCGCCGCGCUCUGGCCAGCAGCAGCCUGUACAUGUACGGCGGCGGCGCGACGUCGGAGGCGGCGGCGCGGCUGACGGGCGGCGCCUGGAGCAGCGACUCGGGCGUGGCGGGAGACAAGCUGCCCGAGGUGCCGCCCGAUGGCAAGCUGUUGCUGCAGUUCAGCUACCCGGUGAACCUGCUGAUGCUCAAGUCGGCGUUCGUGGUGCUCCAGGGCCGUGACGAGUCAGUGGAGGAGGGCGCACCCUCGCUGCCUUACAACCUGCAGCCCUGCUGGUCGCCCGCCCCCGCUGCCCCUCUCCCUGGAGGGGCCGCCGGGUCGGGCACACCCAGCAACACAGCGCUGGACGUCAACACCACGUGCGCCGCAGUGGAGGUGGGGGCUGCACUCCAGCCCGACACGUGGUACACACUGCGACUGCCGGCCGGCACCCGAUACGCCGCACUCGCCGGCCCCACCACCUACACCCAGCAGGUGGUGUUUGCGGGCCUGCGCCGCUUCCGCUUCCCGCUGGCCCAGGACGCCUGGAGGGCUAGCAGCCCUUCCAGCGGCAUCAGCUACCGCCGCCUGGACCUGUGGCUGCCGCACGGCCUGCAGCCCGGCACACCCCUCGAUGCGCUGGCACGUGUGCUGUCUGUGUGCGAGCUACAGCCCGCUGCCGCGGUCACAGGAGCACCGGCGGCUGUAGCAGGUGGCGAGCAGGCGUCGCCACCGCCGCCGGACGUGUGUGUGCCGGGCGCUGCGCCGCUGCCGUUCACGCUGUCGCUGCCGUCAUCGUCGCGGCUGCGCAUGACGGUGACUGACCUGGCACCGGGAAAGAAGUACCGCGUCACCGCCGGCGCUGACCCGACUGUGAUAGACGGCUUUGGCAUGAGCCUCGAGGCCUCCAACUCCACCGACUUCUACAUGACCCAGAUUGCCUACCGCUUUGAGGGCGCCGACACCACCGGCGGCGUCUACAGCUUUAGUAACGCACCUCUGGCGGUUCUGGAGCCGGAGCCGGCAGACAACCUAACGCAAUGGCCGUACAUCACCAUCGCGCCGCCGCCGCAGCCGGCCCUUGGCGUCGACGUGCCGCCGUACACUAGCCGUACGGUGCGGUCGUUCGUACUGGAUCCAGCAAACCGCAACCACGUGAUCAAGCUGCUGCAGGUUUUCCAGCGCAAUUUCCCCAACGCCUCCUCCAGCGGCGACCCAACCGCCCAUCUGGGUCUGGAGCCGGUCUCGGUGGUGCCUGUGCCUGAGCCCCUCACCACACCCGGCUCCGGCGCGGGCUGGACGCGGGUGUCGGCGCCGCUGCAGCCCGGAGCGGCGCUUCAGCUGCUGGAUGCCUGCUGCACGCCGCCCUCUUACGUCGGCGGGCCGCCCAGCCGCCGCACCCAAGUGCUGGUUCGCUCCGGCCUGUCUAUGUCCGUGCUGGCAAGCCGCAGCAACACAGUCUUCACGGCCUGGGUCACGGACGCCUCGGAGGGAAGCGGCGGCGGCGGCGUGGCGGGCGCGACCGUGUCGUUCUACGUGCUGCCGACUUCAGGAUACUAUAGGGAAGGCAGUGAGCUCCUUCCCUUCUUGGCGGCCAGCUGCGUCACAGACGCCGCGGGCACGUGCAGUGUGGACAUCCCGCCCAACGAGUCCGGGCAGUCACCGCAGAGUGGCGACCGGCUCUCCGUCAUGGCGCUGGCGCCUCCCUCUCCCACCCCCACCGCCUCCCUCACCUCCUCCACCCCCUCUGCCUCCACCGCCUCCCCCACCGCCUCCACCGCCUCACGUGUGGCGCUCGUCCUGGACGAGCUGUGGCUGGGGUCGCGGCCGCAGCCGCCCUCAGGCACCCUGGCCAGCCUGGUGGCAGAUCGGCGCCUGGUGCGGCCCGGCGAGAGCAUCAAAAUCACAGGCUUCAUCGCUCAGGCAUCCCUCGCCGGCAUGCAGCUGCCCCCCGCCACCUGGGGCAUACUGGAGGUGUCGUCAGGCUGGGACGUGUCCGCGUCGGGCAGCGUCACCGGCCGCCGCCGCCGUCGCGCCGCCGCCGCCGCCGCCGUCGCCACCAUUUCCUCCUCCGCCCGCUUCACGAAGCUGCCAGGCACAGCGGGCGACGCUGCUGCUGCUGGCACUACCGUGCAAAGCCGCCAGGAGUAUGAGCUCAGCAGCAGUGCGGUGGAAGCUGCUGACAGUAGCGGCGGUCGCGAUAUUGGCAGCAGCAGUAGCGGCCGGCGGCAGCGUGCGCUGCGUCAGGCGGCGCCGCCAGACGACGGCGUGGGGUCGCCGCCGGCUGAGGAGCCCUAUACGCCCCCGCCGCGGGUGCUUGUGGCGGUCAACGCCAGCAGCGGCAGCGUUCACGGCGAGAUCCAGGUUCCGGCGGGCGCCCGCCAGCAGCCGUACAAUGUAAUGCUGUACCUGCCGGCGGCGGUUGGGACGGUUGGGACGGCGCCGCUCGACGGCCCGCCGCCGGAUCUGAGCGCGCCGGAUCUGCUGUUCGGUUGGAAUUACGUCAGGAGUUUUGAGUUCACGGUUGCGGACCCGCGCCCGCCAACCGCCGAACUGCAGAUUGUCGCGCCACCGUGGGUUUCGCCAAUCGGCACCUUCACCGUUACCGCAACCGCCGUCAGUUACAUUGGCGCGGCUGUUGGCGGCGCGCCCAUGACGCUGACGUGGCGUCACGCCCGCGCCUCUGGCGUGCUACGAAUCACAACCGACGCCAACGGUGUUGCAACCGCCACCGUGGAUUUGGGGGCCCUGCCGGAAGCCAACCGUACGACAGUGUACGAUGCCAUUAGCGUCAGUGUGGAGUGGAUUGGGCCCACGCGCGAGCGGAUCGUGGAGUCGGCAUCCAUUGCGGCGGCGGACGCGGAGUACGCCCUCAGCUACAGCCUCUCCCUCACGCCCGACCUGCCCGGUGUGCCCUUCGGCGUCACGGCCAUCCUCACCUCCAACACCGACGGCUCUGACCUUUCCGGAAUCCCCGUCACAGCCACGCUCAGCCCCGCAACACCCGGCACCGCCGGCGGCGCCGCCUGUGACUCAGUCGCCACUUGCUCGACCAGCUCUGGGGCCGGAUUCGUGGGGCCCAGCGCCUGCCGCCUGGCCCUGCCCUGCCUCGGCCGCUUCAGCCUGCGCGUGUGCGCCGUCCUGCCACCGGCUGUAGCAGGUGCUACUGCGGUCGGCGGCGGCAGUAGCACGGAGGUGGUGACGGUGUGCGGCCGGUUCGAGAUGAUCCUAGGCCGCAACGCCAGCGAGUGGCAGCAGUACGCUUUCAAGCUACGUGGCAUGCCCAUGCCGGCCCUCUCCCUGGACAAGAACGUCUACUCAAUUGGCGAGACGCCGCGCCUUCGCUUUGAGAGCCCCUGGCCGCAUGCCCGACUGCUGCUGCUGUGGGGAAAUGAUUUUGCCACGCAAAGCAAGGCCAUUGAUACGCUGCCGGCCGGCGCCAUGGCUGACGUGGAGCUGGGCCCUCUGUCGUACGACACUUGUGCCGGCGGCUGCGCCGUAACCGCAGUACUGCACGUGCCGCGGCUCGGCCCGUCCGACAUGCCGCUACCCCCGCCCGAUGCCGUACCGGUUUCGGUUGUGUGCGACCCGCGUGCGCCGCUGACGUACAGUAGCAAGCUGCGCAUAGCGGUGGCUGAUGACAACGGGCUGGAGGUGGUUGUGGCGGUUGGCCCUGUGGCGGGCGAGGCGGCGGGCGGCGGGCGUGUCGUCGAUGCGGGCGGUGAAGAGCUGCUGGCAAUAGAGCCAGGGCAGAAGGCUGAGGUGUCUGUGAGGGUGUCGGGCGCAGGGCCGGGCGUGGAGGUGACGGUGUACGGCGUGGACCAGGCCGUACUGGAUCUCAUGCCGUACGACCUGCCGGCUCCGCAGCUGGAUCUCGUACUGCGGCUGGCGGCUGACGUACAGGUGUACGGCAUGGCGGCGUACCGCCUGGCGCCCGGGGCCGUGCGUGCCGUGUUUGACACGCUCGUGCGCAGGCUGUCCCAGCUGGACCCGUGGCUGCCGCCGGACACGGCCGUGCGCGCCGCGGCCGCCGCCUACUGGUCUGGUGGCGUGCAGGCGGCGGACAUGAGCGAUGAGGAGUACCUCGACCAGUUCACCACCGGAAUCACGCUGCUGGCGGGCGGCUACGUCGACAACAACCGCGCGCCGCUGACGCCCGCCUUCCGGCGGCCGCCGCCACAGCGCCGGGCUGAGCGCGCGCCGCCCGUCGGCGGUCCGUCAGACCCGGAAAGUGGCGCGGGUGGUGCCGAUGUCUCCGGCGAGCUCCGCAGCUCAGACGACUUCGUGACCACGCCGCUCUUCACCACCGUCCUCACCGGCCCCGACGGCGUGGCACGUGUCAACUUCACUGCGCCUGCCAAUCUGGGCACCUUUGUACUGCGAGCCUACGCCGCCGCUACGGGGGCGGCGGCGGCACGCAGGUACGGGUCCGGCGAGGGACGUCUGGUGGUCCGGCGGGCGCUGAGCCUGACGCCCUCGGCACCGCGGUUCGUGCGUGUGGGAGACGGCUUUGAGGCUGGCUGCGUGGUGACGGUGGGCUCGGCGCCCGCCCGCGUGUCCGUGACGCUGACGGUGGAGGGUGGUGCGAGCAGCCCGCUCCAACUGUCGGACGGCGGCGGAGUUGGAGGGGCGUCCACGAUGACCAAGGUGGUGACCUUCCAGGCCGGCGCCGACCUGCAGGAAGAGGUGCGCUUCCCGCUGAGCGGCCGCGGCAUUGGCACCGCCCGCCUCACCCUGCGGGCCGUGGACUUCCAGGACGGCGGCGGCAGCGACGGCCUCCAGGUCUCCAUGCCCGUGUACGGCCAGCAGGGCGACGUGUUGGUGGCCACGACCUUCUCCCUGACCGCCAACGGCACCACGGGCGGCGGCUGGGCUGAGGGCGUGGAGCUGCCCGCCGCAGUGCCCGGCAGCGGGGGCUUGACGCUGACUGCGGGUGUGGGCAACUUGCCAGCCAUCACCGCCAUGUACGCCAACCUGCUGCAGCAGGAGCGGAGCGUGGCGGAGGCAGGGGACAGGUACCCCUACGCCGAGCGCGCGCUCACGUGGGCGGUGCUGCCGCCGCUGCUCGCCGCCUACGGCCAGCCCAACACCAGCAGCGCGGCCCAAGACCAGCAAGUGACGCGGGGCUUUGCGGACCUGGGCGCGCUCACGGAGCCGGGGCUGGGGCUGGUGUGGAGCGACUUCAGGCGCUGGGACGGCUGGAGGCCGCUGAGGGCCGACACGCGACUGAACGCCUGGGCCCUCUUCCUCACCGGCCUGCACGGCCCCGCCCUCACGUCGCCCCCCCCACCGCUCCCAGCCUCCGGUCUUGGCCGGUACCUGGGCCCCUGGUCCGACCGCCUGGAGGCGCAGCUGCUGCCGGUCUGGCGGCGGGCGCUGGCGGGGCAGCUGGUGGCGGACGCGCAGGAGGCGCGGGCGAACAACGGAACCUACAGCGACUGGCACACGCUGGCGUGGACCAGGCUUGCGCUGGGUGCGGACUGGGACCCAGCCGACUCCAGCACCGGCGGCGGUGCCCGCGGGCGGGCGGCGGCAGACCUGUCGCUGGCAGCGUUGAUUGGCGCCAAUGGGAAGAACGCCAGCCGCCCCCGCCUGGAUCGAGAUACACGUGUGGUGCUGUCGCUCGUGCUCCUGAGCAUGGGUCAGUCAAACCCCGAGCCCCGCCUGGUCAACGCGACGCUCGUCGAGCUCAGCUCGGCCGUACGACUGCAGGGCCGUACCGCCUACAUCGCCGCGGGGCCGGGUAAUCCCGGCCCCGCUUCCCUGGAGGACCAGGCCCUGGCGCUGCUGCUGAUGGUGCGGGCGCGCUCCCUCAGCCCGCUACUGCCGCGGCUGGCAGCUUACGUGGCGGCGGGCGGCAGUAGCAGCAGCCCGGCGCUGAGCCGGCGGAGGGUGUAUUACCCAGAGAGCUGGUUUGUGCAGGCCCUGGCCGCCGCUGCGCUGAUGUCCUACGACGUCUCACGCAGCUCCGCCCAGCCCCAGCUGCAAUUGGAGGCGGACGUGAAUGGCCUGACCGUGCUCGAGGCUUCAUUCCGGCCAGGCCGCACGCAGCCAGUCACCACCACCACACCCUGGGAGUCUCUGCCGCCACCGCCAGCGGUCGGACAGCCGGGAGAGCUCAACUUCGAGGUCUCCGGUCGCGGCGAGGUGUCCGUGUCGGCAGCGCUUCAGUUCGUACCCGUGACCCUGCCCGCUUUCCCCACCUACCGCGGAUUAUACGUGGAGGCGGCAGUGCAGGUGGUCGACCCCGCCACGGGCCAGGGCGCUGGGCCCCGUGUGUCGGGUGUGCCGCUGGGCUCUGUAGUGGCGCUCACCAUCCAGGUCACCUCGCCCGACGAGCUGGGCGCGGUGACUCUGGCGGUCAUGAUGCCGGCCGGGCUAGAGCCGCUGGACCCACACGUGGUCACAGACCUCGGCAGCGGCUGCGACCUAGGCGACUGGAGCGGCGGCGGCUUUGGAUUUGGAUUUGGGGGCGGCGGCGGCAUGCGGUCGCGCUGGUGGUACUGGUGGCCGGUGUGCCCUGCGCAGGAGACCACGCCUGCGCUGGUCACCUUCUCCUACGCCUCACUCCGCUCCGGCACCUCGACCGUCACCAUUAAGGCGGUCGCGGCCAGUGCCGGCACCUUCGUGCUGCCGCCCAUCCGCGCCUGGGCCGACACCCAGCCCGAGCUUAUGGGCAUGACUGCAGGGUCCGCAUUCGCGGUGUGUGGAGACUGCAGCGAGGCAACGCCCGCGGCGCCGCCGGCUGCGCUGGUGCCGUGCCCCGCCCUGGACUGCUCGGGCAAUGGCGUGUGCAACCUGGCAAACGGGGCGUGCGAGUGCGACGAGGGCUGGGGCGGACGGGACUGCGGCAAGGCGCUGGCCUGAGGAUGCAGUGGAGAGAUAGAUGUUUUGUGAGCAGUGUGUGACAUGACAUGUAUGUGAAGUCUCUUGGGACUUUGACAGUUGUCCAGGGGUGGUGCAUGAGUACUGCUGUGCGAAGCCUUUUAUUUCUAGCAAGGAGUGGUUCUGAACCACUCAUGUUGGCUGCGUUCUCACCCGCAUAGCAAUCAAGGUAAGCAAUGUACGCAUACCAUUCUUGACACUGGCACGCUGAGGGAUUCGGUGCGACGUGCAUGCGUGUGUGAUGUGCGUGCCGGGCCGCGAACGCCCUCUUUCCUGAUGACCUCCCCGGACUUGUUUAUGAUUGCCCCGUAUCUCUAUUUACUAUAGUGAAGCGGACUGCUGCCAGUUUACUACGAUUCCCUUAAUCUGCAACGGCUGGCACAUAAUUGUGCGUGUGCCGCGUGCGUGCGCUGUGUGUGCGUGGGUGUGCGAACGCGUGCGUGUGCGCGUGCGUGCGCGUGCGCAAAUACGUCGGGAAGUUAAGAUGUACCCGUCCUGUCCGGGCAGGGGAAAUUUUAUUGAGUCUAUCCUAAAUAAAUAGGCGGCGGGGAAAAUUCGGGCGGAGCGAGAGGUGCCUUCGCACGUCCAUGGACAAUUGCCUUUCGCGAGGUUGCCCGAAAAGCAAGCCAUGUCGCUGGCUUAGCUGGACGGCUUAACGUCGCCGUGAGUCCGUGACGAAAGUUGGAGGCCAUCCAUCUAUCGGAGCAUCCUGUAGCAGGAAUGGGCGGCGUAUAAUCGUUGUUAGGGGCUUGCUGCUAACGGCCAACUGAAAGUUACACUCAUCCGCU